CAUUGUCAGGCUUUUGACUGAGCUUUAGUAUCCGACACUGCGACGACGUCGUAAUUGAGAAAGCAAGCGCAAUUGCCUGAAUUUACCUCAGAAAAUAAUUUUCAACAACCGAACUUCAGAAUUUGCCUGAAAAAUCCCAGUAAUUAGUUCAUUUGAGACCGGAAGACGAUGGGGAUGAUGAUGAUGAAGACGACGACGAUGCAGAGAAGAGCUUCUUCUGCGGUGAUUGUUUCCAUUGCUCGGUCUCAGGGAGCAGCGGCUUCAUUAGGUACUCCUGCUCCUGCAGGUUGUACUACUCUUGCAUCAUUCCUCUCUGCAUUCCCAAACCAUAAACCCCAUUUGGCUUUUUGUUCUGCUAUUAGUAGUAAAUUUAAGAGUUCUUCUGAAAAAGCUCUGAAAUUUCAACCUGAAUUAAGGAAUGAUAUUAAUAAUGUCAACAGUCUUGAUGAUGCUUUGAGCUUGUUCGAGCGGAUGGCUCGGAUGAGGCCUCUGCCUUCCGUUAUUGAUUUCACUCAAUUGCUGGACCGUAUUGUUAAGAUGAAGAAGCAUUAUUCUUCAGUUGUUUCCCUUUUUAGAGAUAUGUGUGUCAAGGGCAUUCCUGUAAAUGAGUACACCCUUACUAUGGUGAUUAAUUGUUACUGCGUUGUGGGCCGAGUGGAUCUAGCUUUUUCUACAUUGGCUGGCUUCUUCAAACGUGGUUUUGUUCCCGAUGUAGUCACCUUUGGCACUUUGCUUAAGGGACUUUUUCGAGAACAAAAGGUUCCUCAGGCACAAGAAUUGUUCAAAAAGAUAAUCAAGGAAAAACUUUGUAAACCCAAUGAAACUAUGUUGGGGAUUGUGAUAGAUGGGAUCUGUAAGGCAGGAAACACUCAAACAGCCAUUGAAUUCCUCAGAGCAAUGGAAAAACGAGGAAGCCCUUGUAAACCUACUGCAAUUAUUUACAAUACUGUCAUUGACAGCUUGUGCAAGGAUAAAAUGGUUGAUGAAGCUCUUGCCUUCUUACAGGAGAUGAUUGAAAAGGACAUUCCCCCAAAUGUUGUCACUUACAGUUGUUUGAUUCAGGGUCUGUGCAGCUUAAGCAGAUGGAAGGAUGUUGACAAGCUCUUUGCUGAGAUGAAGGUUUAUAAAAUUGUUCCAAAUGUUAUUACUUUUAGUAUAGUGGUGGAUGCACUAUGUAAGGAAGGGCAUAUAGAAGAUGCUGAAGAGGUAGUCCAGAUCAUGAUCCAGCAAGGUCAAAAUCCCGACCUGGUCACAUACAGUUCCUUAAUGGUUGGGUACUGUUUACAGAGUCGAAUAGAUGACGCAAGUAGAGUUUUCAAUGCCAUGGUUGCUAGCGGCCUUACACCCGAUCUCCAUUGCUAUGGUAUUCUAAUAAAUGCCUAUUACAAGACCAAGAAAGUGAAAGCAGCCAUGACGCUCUUUCAAGAGAUUCCACAUAAAGGUUUAACACCUAAUAUUGUUAUUUAUAACACUGUGUUGCAGGGGUUAUUUAGUUCAGGAAGGUAUCUUAGUGCACGGGAAAUUUUCAAUGAGAUGCAAGCUUCUGGCAUGAAGCCUGAUUUUCACACUUACUGUGUGGUACUGGCUGGAUUAUGCAAGACUGGACAUGUCGACGAAGCAUUGGAGUUAUUCCAUGCAACCGAAGCCGAUGGAACAGAUCUUCACAUUGAAAUGUACAAUAUCAUGCUUGAUGGGUUGUGCAAAUGCAGGAGGCUCGAUGGUGUCCGGGAUCUUUUAAAAAAUCUCUCCCUUAAAGGAUUGGACCCUAAUGUCAUAACAUACAACACCAUGAUUGCUGGCCUGCUUUCAGAAGGUCUGCUCAUCGAAGCUAAAGAGCUCAUUGGAAAAAUGGAAGAGAAGGGUUGCUUGGCAGAUAGUGUUACAUACAAUGUCAUUCUGCAAGGACUCCUUAUGGGAGGUCAUUAUGAUGAUGCAGUGGUCUAUUAUGAAGAAAUGGUUCAUAGAGGAUUCUUGCUGGAUGCAUCUACGUUUUCCAUUUUACUUGAUUUAUCUGCUGAGAAUCAGAACAAUCUUUCUGUGCUAAUGUUGAUGCUGAAAAUUGAUCCCAAUAGCAAGAGGUUCAUGGAUGGGGGACAAAGAGGACCUUCACAUUAGUUGUAACAUGUUGGUCCUGCAGUUUUUUGGCCCCUGAUGUUUAAUUUGCUGGUAGGAAUGGUACUAAGGUUCACAUUUGAUCCUUUUAUCACUUAUCAUCUUUGUUUAGAGGAGGUCUCUUGGUGACAUUCUGCAAGGACUCCUUAAGGGAGGUCAUUAUGAUGAUGCAAUGGUCUAUCAUGAAGAAAUGGUUCAUAGAGGAUUCUUGCUGGAUGCAUCUACAUUUUCACAUUUUACUUGAUUUAUCUGCUGAGAAUCAGAACAAUCUUUCUGUGCUAAUGUUGAUGCUGAAGAUUUACCCUAAUAGCAAGAAGUUCAUGGAUGGGGGACAAAGAGGACCUUCACAUUAGUUGUAACAUGUUGGUCCUGCAGUUUUUUGGCCCCUAAACUUUAAUUUGUUGGAACUAAUGUUUGGAUCCUGUUGUCACUUAUCAUCUUUGAUGCAAUUGAACCAUAGAGGAGAUCUGUUGGUCAUAUUUUGUUAAACACCUCAAAGAUCUCCAGUUUGGUGGUGAAGCCACUUUGCUUAGGGAAGUUCAAUUGAUAAGUGUUGCAGAUCAAAGAAAUCUGCUGCCAUUAAUUGGAUUUGUACCACUUCUUAUGGGCGACCUCUUGUCGAUCUUUCCAUGGAGAACCUUAUUGUGGCAUAUCACUUAAGUGGUAACUUGUACAGAGCAGGAGAGCAGUGGAAUUUGUAUAGCAGAGUGUGAAGAUUUGACCUCAGCUUAGACUGGAUAGAGACAAUUAAUUAGCGUUUGAUUCAGUUGUCUUGCACCCCUACUCUUGUGACUUACUGCUUAUAUCUACCACGGCUGCUGCAAUUUUGUUCAAGAGGAGAGUGUACAAGAGAGAACCUCCAUGGCUUGCACUGAGUUGCAUUUCAAGGAUACCCCAAUCUAGAUGGUCAUUCUUAUAACAUCCAAUCCAAAGCCAACAUUAAUUUAAAAGAGCUUUGUCCUGCCAUCAAUUGAAUUGAGAUCGUGGACCAAACCAUUUGGGAAUUGGAUUUGAAUUUCGUUGGAUGUUGAACCAAGUUCAUCUGAAUCAGAGCCGGAAUGAUAUGCAAUGCCUUUCCUAAGACUUUGUGCCAUCCUAUGAUUUAUCCUCAAUAGUGCCACCAAUAUCACUGGAAACUUCUCCCAAUUGCCAAAUUUUCUGCUUGAUUGGGUUUUCUCAAAAUUGCAACUCAAUUUUAUUAUUUUUGCUGUAUGCUGACUUAUGUUUAUUUU